AAGAAAAUCCCACUAUCAAUAACCCUAAUUUCACGGGUUUAUUGAUGCUAAGUUGGUUUCCAUUUUGAGCCCUUGGAUGAUGCCCGAAAGCUGAUUCACCGCCGUCCGAUUGUGUUACCUUCUCUGUUCUUGGGCUGAAACAGAGUAUUAGUAUUUGAUUGAGGUCUAUCUGUCUGUCUGUCAUAUGUUGGGAAGAAGACAAAGAGAUUCCCAAGUGGGUUUUGCUCAGCAGCUCUUUGUUCGAACUGGGUGUGUCACUCAGCACCUGAUGUCAAUUUCAGAGAAAUCACUGCCCUGCUCGCCUUCUUCUUCCUCCUCGUCAUUGUCAUCGAUGUCGGUCCAAGAGUUUGAUCCAUUGUUAAAAGAUUUGAACGAGAAAAAGCAGAGCUUUCGGCGGAACGUGGUGUCUUUAGCAUCGGAGUUGAAGGAGGCCCGGAACCGCUUAGCUUCUCAAGAGCAAUCAUUUGUAAAAGAAACACUUACAAGACAGGAAGCACAGAUGAAGGCUAAAAACUUGGAAGAGGAGAUUGGUAGAUUGCAGAAGAGAUUGGAACAUAGAAAUGAGAAGCUUGAGGCUUCAGCAUCUACCGCUGAAAAGUACCUCAUGGAAUUGGAUGGUCUGAGAUCACAGCUUGCAACCACUCAGGCAACUGCAGAUGCUAGUGCUGCAUCAGCUCAGUCGGCACACCUUCAGUGUUUAGCACUUUUGAAGGAAUUAGAUGAAAAGAAUUGCUCCUUAAAAGAGCAAGAUGAUCGUGUAAUUAGGCUAGGAGAGCAAUUAGAUAAUCUGCAGAAGGACCUUCAGGCACGAGAGUUUUCCCAGAAGCAACUGAAAGAUGAAGUUUUGAGAAUUGAGCAUGACAUUAUGCAAGCUGUUGCAAAAGCAGGGGUGAACAAGGACUGUGAGCUGAGGAAAAUAUUAGAUGAGGUUUCUCCAAAGAAUAUUGAGAAGAUUAAUAAGCUUUUAGUUGCAAAGGAUGAAGAAAUAGCAAAGUUGAGAGAUGAAAUCAGGGUAAUGUCUGCUCAUUGGAAGCUCAAAACUAAGGAGUUUGAAUCACAGUUGGAGAAACAACGGCGAGCAGAUCAGGAACUGAAAAAGAGGGUAUUGAAAUUAGAGUUUUGUCUCCAGGAAGCUCGUUCUCAAACACGAAAGCUUCAAAGGAUGGGUGAGCGAAGAGACAAAGCUUUGAAAGAGCUCAAAGAUCAGUUACAGCAGGGUGGCGGUGGAGCUUCAGCUGCUGAAAGCCAAAAUUUCUGGGAAAGCUCUGGUUUCAAAAUCGUGGUGUCCAUGUCCAUGUUGAUCUUGGUGGUGUUCUCAAAGCGAUGAAAUAGUCGCACUAUUGAGCUGUUGAUGUAUAAAGAACAUGAAUCUGUAGUUUUUAGUCAAGGAAUUAGGAAUAGUGCAUAGGCCACAGUAGAAAUGCUCAUUGUAGAGGUUCUUAUUAUGUAAACAUUAUCAGAGAAUGCAAUUUUGUUUUUCUUGUUAAAUC